AUGUGCUCUGACCUGAAAGCACGUAUGCGCCAAAACAAACGGAGGACUCUACCAAAUUCCAAGGAGAUGGUGGUAAAUUACAACCGACGAACACCGCCAGAAACCAUAUCCGAGCACAAUGAUGCAAUGAGGGUUGAAUGGACUGAAAUACCCAGCAAUCCUAAUCUUGCUCCUCCCUAUGUGGUUGGGGAGGCCGCAUUGAGGAUCCCGGAUCUCUCUAUACCCCGAUAUAAGCUUUACUGGCCAUUACGGAAUGGUUGGUGUAACGAAAAGGACUACAGUAGCAUAAACCUGCUGUUUUUGGACAUUGCCCGGAUAUUGGAAGAUGCGAUGAAAACCCAACUAAACCUGUCACAAACAAAAGACUGGGGUCAAUAUUCUUGUGUCUUUGUGAUACCUGACCUUUACGAAAAGCUGUACGUCACUCAAAUACUGGAUACCCUUAUGCGUGAGCUCGGUUUUGGGCGUGUGUGUUUCGUUCAGGAGAGUUUGGCCGGUACAUUCGGUGCUGGGUACACUGCAGCUUGCGUUGUCGAUGUUGGUGCGCAAAAGUCGUCGAUAUGCUGCGUAGAAGAAGGGAUGUGUGUUGAAAACUCCCGCGUCAACCUGAAAUUCGGCGGAUCAGAUGUUACGGAAACGUUUAUAAAGAUGAUGCUCUACGACCACUUCCCCUACGAGGAGAUCAAUCUGAACCGGCGAUAUGACUUUUUAUUGGCGGAGGAACUCAAAAAGAAUGUCGCAACCCUUAAUGAAACGAAUGUUUCUGUGCAGGUGUUCGACUUCCAUCUUCGCGUGUCCGGCCAGGACACAAGAAAGUACACAUUCAAAGCGUACGAUGAGAUUAUUCUGGCUCCCAUGGGCAUUUUCCAGCCAGAAAUCUUCGAUAAUUCACAAAAGAUGAUCGGACGGAGAAAAUUUAUUAACCGUUCUUUUGAUCUAUACGACAGACUGCCAAACGACCCUACUUCAACUGCUCAGGCUGAAGUUAUAGCCUCUAUUUCGCCUCCACCGGCGACAACCAACAAUGGAACAAGCAAUGAAGGAGCCUUACAGACUAAUGGAACAGAUCCUCAAGCUACACCUAGCCGCACACAAGCUCAUAAUGUCUUAGGCCGCGUGCAGGAUCUUGACGGGACUCCACGAUCUUCCGCAGCUGGAUCGCCUACCCCGGACUCCGCAGCAAAUCAAAACCCUCAAGGUGGCACCUCGACACCUAUCAGGCCUCAAGGCGGUGGUGGGCCUAACGCUCUGCCAACCUCCCAAAACAUACCCGUGGUUGAAAUGCGGGAUGAUGUUCUGCCAGUAUGGCCUCUUGAAGAUGCUGUAUUUACCUCUAUUUCACACGCAGCUCGUGGUGACCCUCGCAAGUUUAACGACUUCAUUGGUGGCAUCUUGGUGAUCGGGGGCGGCAGUCUUGUUUCCGGCUUCCAUGCUUUCCUUGAGGAGCGGAUGCAGCUCAAGCAUCCCGACCUUGCAAGUCAUAUCAUGGUUGGUACACCACCUCGAGAACUCGACCCACAAGUGGUUGUAUGGAAAGGCGCCAGUGUCUUCGGCAAACUGGACGCAUCAAAUGAGAGCUGGAUUGGUCGGCUAGAAUAUGACCGACUUGGGAGCAGGGUAAUGACUUAUAAAUGUAUGUGGCAAUGGUAA